AUGGAAAACAUCAAGCACAUAGCAAUCUAUCACUAUGAUAUUGAUAAUGAAAAAGAGGAAGUAGUGGAAGUGGUAGAAAAAGUAGAUGAUGGACUGGACAAUUCAGCAGACUCUUCUCCUACAGAAAAAAAUCCAGUAUUUGGUAAUCCUAAGAAGAUAUGGGUUCCUACAAGAAAGGAUGAUGAUACAGGAAAUGAAGUAAAGAAUAAGAUGGAAAACAUUGGAGCUGAUGUUAGCAAUGCUGUUACUGAAAAGAAAAAAAGAAUGGAGUUAUAUAUUAAAGGUGUUGUCAAAGACUGUAACAAGAAUAUCAAACAACAUUUGAAAUUUCAUGAAGAUGAACUGCGGGAGUUUAAAAUUGAAUUUACUGAGAAGAUUAUAACUGUGUUUCCACAAUGGGAUUUGGAUAUAAAGCACCUUGGAGACCAAGAAGAUAAACUAACUGAUAUUUUUGAUCAGCAAAAGAACAUUUUUGAAGAAACUAAGAUGUGUCAGAAUCAAGGCCUGAAAAGACUUACGCAGGAAAAUAAGGAAUUCUUAAAGGCUUUGAAGGACUUGGAGAACGGCGAUCUACUUACUAGCGUACGCAGUGAAAUUAAAAAUCAAAUGUCUUUGUUGCAAAAAAAAAUUGCAGAUAGUUAAAUACUGAGUUGUAAUAACAUGGAAGUCCCAACACACUUUGUUUUCCUGAAAUAUGACACUUAACAAAUGUUAUUCUGAUGAGUCUUGAGAAAAAUUUGAACUUGGGUAAUGUAAUCUGUGUUAAC